AUGGCUACUUGCAUGAAGAAAGCUGCUCAUGAGAUAGACUGCAGACAGAGGACUGAUGAUGUUGUUUUAUCCGGCGGAGUGGAGUUCAGCUCCCUACUGCUUUCCAAACCCGUACUGGAAGGACUGGCAUCUUCAGGCUUUCAUAGACCUUCACCCAUACAACUAAAAGCCAUUCCUCUCGGCCGCUGUGGAUUAGAUCUUAUUGUUCAGGCCAAGUCUGGCACAGGAAAAACCUGUGUUUUCUCCACCAUUGCACUGGAUUCUCUGGUCUUGGAUAAUCUGUCCACUCAGGUGCUAGUCUUGGCUCCAACCAGAGAAAUUGCUGUACAGAUCCAUUCAGUAGUGAUGGCAAUAGGCAGUGCCAUGGAGGGGUUGGCGUGUCAUGUGUUUAUUGGAGGACGACCUGUCAGUCAGGACAAGCUCCAUCUGAAAAAAUGCCACAUUGCUAUUGGAUCACCAGGUCGUAUAAAGCAGCUGAUAGAGAUGGGAGCUCUCCUGACAGCGAGUAUUCGACUGUUUGUUCUGGAUGAAGCAGAUAAACUACUGGAGGAGGGCAGCUUCCAGGAGCAGAUGAAUUGGAUUUUCUCCUCUCUGCCAGUCAAUAAGCAGAUGUUAGCACUUUCUGCUACUUACCCAGAGUCCUUAGCGCAGCAAUUAUGCAGAUACAUGAGGGAGCCGACAUUUGUGCGACUAAACCCCACCGAUCCUGGACUUCUUGGUUUGAAGCAGUAUUAUAAGCUGGUGCAAGCUCAUCCACUUCCCCACAAGAUCUUUGAGGAGAAAGUGCAGAAUCUGCUAGAACUUUUCAGUAAAAUUCCAUUUAACCAGGCACUGGUCUUCUCCAAUCUGCACUCCAGAGCACAGCACCUGGCUGAUGUUCUCUCUUCUAAAGGUCUACCAGCAGUCUGUAUCUCAGGUGGUUUGAGUCAGGAGCAGAGACUGGAGGCGAUGUCUAAGCUUAAGCAGUACCAGUGUAGAGUUCUUAUCUCCACUGAUCUGACUUCUCGAGGUAUUGAUGCAGAAAAGGUGAAUCUGGUUAUUAAUCUGGAUGUUCCUCAGGACUGGGAGACGUACAUGCACAGGAUUGGGCGCGCUGGACGAUUUGGCACUUUGGGUGUUGCUGUUACCUACUGCUGUCAUGGGGAAGAAGAAAACAAGAUGAUGGCCAUUGCUCAGAAGUGCAGCCUGACCAUAAACCCAUUACCAGAUCCGAUCCCAGCUGGGCUCAUGGAAGAGCCUUGUGACUGGAAUGUGAUUGUCCAGCCUUCUUCAAAAUCUGACCUUGCUCAUUCUUUGGGGUUCAAAGUGGAAGGAAAACAGGCCAAAUCUGAACGUAAUUUGUCCAAAGAGCCACAUCCAACAAACAAGAUUCAAGAGAUGACCAAGCUGAGUGGUCCUGCUAAGACUCAACAGUCCAGUAAGGACAGGAACAAAAGCAAAAAUCCUGCUCCUUUGCCUGAGGCUGGAAGUGCAGUGACUGCCCCUAAUGCUCCAAAUGUUGAGCCUCGUUCAGCUCCAACCAGAAAGGAACUGGAGGAGGCGCUGCCCAAAAUACCCCCCCUGCCCUCCUUCAAACCUCGAGUGAUGAAGCCUGUGUCCUUUGCUGAUGCUGUGGCUGAUUUUGAGAACUUUAUGACAGCUGGGCCUGGCCGAUCUGUUGAAAUUAUAAGACAAUAUGGAGGACGCAAUGAAGAAACCACUAUAAUCAGUGAGACUCAAAUAAACCACACUGACUUUAAACUUUACACAUAUGCUGCUAGUACUGAAUCAUAUUCUAAACCUGAAGAGAACGUCUCUGAUAGAAAGGCUCAUUCAUCUUGGAACUCAGUGGAUUCACCCACCCACCCUGCGCCAUCUAGAUACACAGAUAGCGCUUCCUCUACAGAAAGUGAGUCUGACAUGGAGACUGAGCAGAAAACUGAUGCAUCAGCCUCCAGCUCAGUUACCAGUGCCACACAGCCAAACCAAGUGCCAUUAAACAUCGCCAAAACAUCACGCAAAGUCAUUACAACUAGUCAUUCUGCCAAAUUCAGAAGAAAUCCAGAUAAACCUCAGAUCAAGACACAUUCUCAUUACCAACACCAUUUAAGGUCUGCACCUGAUGGGAAGAGGUCUGGGAGAAUGGCCAGGGCAGAGCACACUAGCUGUAGGACACAAAGACCUAAAGAGGAGGUUGAGGAGGAGGAGGAGGAUGAUGAUGAUGAUGAUGAUGAUGAUGGACAGGACUAUUGGAGAGCAUGUUAUCGUGCCUGGCAAGAAUAUUACAGCUCUCUGGGUUCAGCCCAUUACAAUCACUUACAUUAUAACUUUAUGGCAGCGUAUCGCAUGAAUGCUGUUUACAUGAUGGAAAUGAUGAAACCUUAAUUUAAGAAACUAAAAUAAAAACAUUCAGCCCCUAGUAUUUAGUAUUUAGUAUUUAACCCUUUUUCAUAACCAGGGACUUUUAUCUUUUGACUAGGAUUUUUUUAAUAAUAUUUGACUGAGACAAAAAUAAAGACUAUAAAAUAAAAAGAAUAAUAAAAAUUAACACAUUUUGUUGAGCAGCGAUAACAUUGUUUUUGUAAAAUCAUACAUUGAGCAAUUUGGCCCAUUCUACUUUAAAAUUCUUCAUCAUAUGUCUAACUCAUUGAUAACAUUUUUGCCAGUUUUGUUAGUUUGUAA